UUAAUGUCACAUGUAACAAACUGUAUAUGUAUUGCGUUAAAAUUUGCAAGAUAUGCUCUUGCUAAACUAAUACGUUAUAAAGAAGAUGAAUUAAAUUGGAACUCUAAAGAAAUCAAUCAAACUAUACCGAUGACUGAAACAUGGAAAAAAAGUUUAGUAAUAAAGAAUGAUUUAGAACAAUUACGUAACCAAUUGGAUAAUUUUCCAAAUGUAUUACAUUGUAUCCGUUAUCGACUGGCAAGUUAUCUUUUAUAUAAAUUUCAAUCAAGUAUACAAAACUAUAUUUAUGAUGAAUUAAAUUUGAACUGUAUAGAACAGAAAGAUAAACAAAGAGAGAAUAUUAAAGAAGAUAUAAUUGUGAAAAAUUUUCGUUUAGUUAUUUAUCCUGUUUUAUUAAAACAAUCUGAGGAAUCGAGUCAAUUACUUCUUUGGCCACCAUCUAUCACUAUGGUAACUAUUUUCAAUUUAACAUUUGAACAAUUCAAAGAAUCAUUACAUUUAAACAAAAUAAUAUUAGAAAAUCAACUUACUCAAAUCUAUUUCAAUGAAGAGAAAGAAAUUGAUAAUAUUUGUGAAAUUAUUGAUAAUCAAAUUGAUAUUCAUUCUAUUAUUCAAAUGUUUUAUAAAAAUUCUAAUUUAAUGAAUAGAAAUUAUUUAAAACAUACAACUAUGAUUUCAUGGAAUAGAAUGAAUCCAAAUGGUUUAGAAGUAACCAAUGUAUCUAUUCGUGAUAUGGUUAAUUGUUAUCUACCAAGUUAUACAGAAUUUGUAAAAGGCCUUAUACCUGAACAUCAGUUUAACUAUAAUCAAUCGAUAUUAUCUGGUAUGGAUCUGGAUCAAUCCCAUCUUAAUAUUAGUGGUCAUAAUUACUUCCCUACCAUUGAAAAUGCAUCUCAAAUGGGAUUACACUCUCUUAUUGAGCAACAAUGUGAAGCGAUGAAACUUUAUGACUGUUUAAUGACUUCAUGGAGUGACAGAAUACAUGAAAAGACGAAUAAUAUAAUUCUAUCUUUACAAUGGAUUAUCAAUAUGGAUGAAACAAUAAAUGAGUUAAGUAUACUAUUAAAGAAUGAAGAUUUACAUACAGAAUUUCAUAAACAUCAACGUUUAUUUCAAGCAUCAUUUGAAUGGGUCAAUCGUUUAAUAAAUCACGUUAAAUAUGAAAGUCUUUUAAAUGACAAUAAUGAUAAUAAUAAUUUACAAUGUUUCAUUUUAAUUGACUACAAUCCAUUAUUUAAUUUAUUAUAUAAUGAAAUUACAGAGAAAUUAAGUAAAUUAUUUACAAUAUUUAUAACAAUAGUUCAAAAUUCAUUAAUAUCAAUCAAUAAUCAAUUGGAUGAUUUUAUUCAAAUACAUACAAAUAUUCAAUCUGAUUUUAAUGGAUUCAUACAAGUUGUUACCUAUUUAAAUCGUGUACAUAAUUGUCAUGAGAAAUUAUUUAAAGACCAUGAUAAUCUAUGUCGUCAAGUUGAAUUUAUACAACAUUUUCAAAAAUGUUUAAGCCAUUGUGAAGAAUUAAAAUUCAUUCAACUUGUUAAAUGGUCACAGUAUGAACAAUUUAUAAUUAAAUGGAAAAAGUUUACAAAUCAAAUUGAAUGGGCUAGAAAAAAAUUUCGAAGAUAUCAAGAAGAAUUCUAUCAAGUUUAUAAUAAAAAAAUUGAGGAAACUAUAAAAGAAGUUGAACGUUUAGUUCAUUUACUUACAACUGGCAAAUAUUCUGAUGUUAAUAAUGAUGCACAAAUGAUACUAAACGACAUGAAGGAACCAUAUUGUUAUGUCAUGAAAUUAGAAAGUUCUAUUCAUCAACUUAUAGAUCAACAUAAAACUGUUCAAAAUUGUGAAUAUAAUGAGAAACAAUUUGAAAAAGCUAAAAUUGAUAAAAUGAAUCUAUCCUAUUCAUCAAAUAGAUCAUUGAUGAAUAAUUGUCAAGUUAACUUUAAACAUAUAAAACAAUCAUGUAAAUAUUUUAAUGAAACAAAUAAUAUUUUAUUAUAUAUUGAUAAUGAAAUGAAAAAAGUCAAUUGUAGAUAUGAUGCAUGGCAACUAAAUUUGAAAAUUGAUGCAUUUAAACAAGAGUUAUAUAAAUCAAGAUUAGGAGAAAUACCUUUAAAUAUGUUCAAUGAGAGAUAUCAAAAACUUGUUUCAUUAUGUAAUCAAUUAAGAAAUGAUGAUGUAAUUGUUCAAUAUGAUACGAAAUGUUUGAAUAAAAUGGAAAAAUUAUUGAAACUCUUAAGUUAUAUUUUGGAUACAGAAUUGUUGUCUUUCUCAUCAGAAUAUUGGAAUCAUUGUUCAAAACUAUUAAAUAUAUCAAUCAAUAUCAAUUGGAAAAAUUGUACAAUCAAUGAUUUAAUGAAUAAUCCUAAGUCUAAUUUAUUAAAACAAGAAUAUCAAUUAAAAGAAAUCAAUAAUAUAUUUCAAUAUUUAUUAUCGAUUUAUCAAAUUAAAACAACAAUUGAAAAUCAAUUCAAAUCAUUAAAUAUUCAAUUUAUAUCAAUGAAAUCACAUUCAGAAUUGAUUAAAUCUAUUCAUUUAUCAUUUCGUAAUGAAUAUAUUGAUCAAAUGAAUCAGUGGUUAUAUUUAUAUCGAUCAUAUUCAUUAAAACGAAAUGAUGGAGAAUAUAGCUCAAAUCAAUUCAUUAUAUUAACUGAUAAUUAUGUACAUUUGGAAAAUGAUAUACUACCAAAUAAUGAUCGAGUAAUAUCUGUUCAAUCUAUCGAAUAUGAAGAUAAUGAAUUAAUUCAAAUAAAUUGUAUAAAUUUACAAUGUUUUAUUGAAAUUGUUCAUAGUAAAUGGGAUUUAUGGUUAAUAUUAAAGAAUGAUCUUUAUGAACAUGUUAGUAUGUUUGAGAAAUCAAUCGAUGAAAUGUGUGAGACAUUUCCAUUAUUUUGUUUAUUAUCCAAAAUGGAAAGAAUUGAACUCCUAAGUAAUUGGUCCAUUCCAUAUUGUGAUUAUGCAGCUCCACUGAAAUGUUCUGUUGAAGACUUUACUGAUCAAAAACAAGAUUCUUAUCAGUCUUCUUUAGAUACUAAUUAUGGAUUAGUCAAUCUGAAUAAAUGGAUAAAACGCUUAUUUCCAUAUCUGUUAGAUUGUGUAAUAAUAUGGUGUAAAGCAGAGAAAUGUUGGAAGAUUACUGGAGUCAUUAACGAAUUCCAUCAACAUAUUGAACUAUUAGAUUCACUUAAAUGGAUUCCGUCAAUUAAUCAAUGGUUUACACAAUUUUAUUCAACAUUACAAUUAACAUUCUUAAGAAUGACAUUGAAUUCCUUGUUAAAUGCCGAAAGAAACCAUAAAUGGAUAAAUGAGUCCAUCAGAAAGAAACAAUUAAUACCUGUCAUUAUUUUAGAAUUAACUAUACGAAUUAUGAAUUGGCAAAAAUUAGAGAAAAUUAUAAUAAAAGAAGAUCGAAAUGAUGAAUUUGUUAAAAUAAUUUCAAUAUUAAAUCCUGAAAGGAAUGAGUACUUUUCGAAUGAAUUAAAUGAGUACAAUGAUAUUCCAACAAUUGGGAUCAAACAAUUUUCAACAAUUCAUCCUUAUAAAUGGGAUAAUCAAAGUUUACUAAUCAAUAAUAACACAUUAUAUAUACCGUUAUUAAAUACUUCACAAGAAUUAAUUCAACUUGGAUCAGCGUUGAAUAAUCAUGAGUUUGGACUAUUAAUUGGAUCAUUUGGAAGUGGUAAACAGACAAUAAUUCGUCAACUUGCUUUUCUACUUGGUCGUCGUCUUAUAGAAUUUUCAUCUAACAUCUUCAAUGAUACAUUUGAGAACACAUUGAAAAAUGAUAUUCUUAGUUGCAUACGAAUUGGCUGUUUAUUUUCAAUAAUGAAUAUGCACUUUGCAGAUUUUACAAAGAAUCUUCAACAAUCUAUUGAGAACAUUGAUAAAAAUAGUCACAAGUUAAUCACUUAUCAUUCUAAUCAAUAUAUUUCUGAACCGAAACAAUGUUUGUUUAAUCAAAGUAUUAGAAUCGAUUGCAGUUUUGGAUUAUUCGGUACAUAUGAUUCUCGAAAUUUUCAAAAUUUGCCAAAAGUACAAAAACUUUCAUUUCGUAAUAUAACUAUUGGAUGGCCAAAUUAUUCAUUUAUUAUACAAUGCCUUUUCAAAUAUUAUUUACCUGAAUAUCAAAGUUCAUCAAUAAAGUAUCGACUAGUCAAUUUGUUGAAUAGAUCUUUAACAUAUUUUACAAAUGAAUCAGUUCUUCAUUAUAAACAAACAAAUACCUACUACUUGCCACUUUCAAUUAUUAUCAAAACAUUUGAAUAUGCUAAACAAUUUUGGUUAGAAAAAUUUAAUCAUCUUCAAGAUAUACGUAAACAUACUGCACUCAAAUCAUUAGUAAUAUUGAGAAAAGAAGAAGAUAGAUUAGCUGAAAUUGCAAUACGAUAUGGAUUGUUUAAAGCUUAUAGAAUAAAUUUAUCUAUGGAUUGUAUUCAAGAUAAUUUCAAGAAAGUUUUAUUACAAUUCAGCUUAGAUUUUGAUUGGUUAUCAACCAUUGAGCAAUAUUUAUCUUUAAAUUCUGCAUUACCUUUCAUGUCUAGUAAUGAAGAAUGUUUAAAAUGUGAUAAUAAUAAUAUGUAUCCAAAAGUUUCAUGGGAAUUUAUUUAUCGAUUGUUAAGAGAAAUGUAUGUACGUAAUUUAGAAAUAGUCAAUGGUCAGUUAAUAAAGAUAAUUGAAUUAUGGCAACUAAUAAAUGUAAAUCGUCCAAUUUUAAUUAUUGGCUCAGUUGGAUCAGUUUCAAAUGAGGAAAACAGUAACAAUCAGGAAAUAAAUAAUGAUGUUGAUAUGAAGAUAUUCAAUAUACCAGAUCAAUUGAAUUCAUAUCUUAAUAAGUUUAAUCUUAUUUCAACAACACAUUCCAAUAUAAACCAAUUUGAUGUAUAUAAUAAAAUAAUUUCAUUAAAACACUUAUUUCCAUAUUCAAAUGAACAUUUAACAAGUUUGUUUUUAAAUGAUGAUAAUAAUGUUACUAAAUUAGAAGUGGAUAUAUCAGAUAUGUUUGAAGAAUGGAUAUUGUUAGAUUUAAGUGACCAGUCUAUUGAACACUUGACAUUUUUAAAUAAUGGUAACAUUUUGAAUUUAUUGAAAGCGGCUAAAACUUUUAAAUUCACAAGAAAAUUAUUCAUAGAAAAGACAACAAUAGAUGAUUUAUCUCCAGGUAUAAUUCAUCAAUUUUCAAUAUUGUCAACUGAAGUUAAUAAUGAAUUGAAUUGGUCACAUAUAUGGAGAAUUUGGCGUAAAACAAGUUAUUUAUCAUAUAUAGUUAUAAAUUCUGUAUGGGAUAAAAUUCUUAAUGAACUAGACAAUCAUAUCCCAACAAUAUUAGAUCAAAUUUGGGAGUUAAUGAAUCAAUGGUGUCACAAAGACAAAGGCUUUUUAAAUAUAACAUCUUAUAAGAAUGCAUUUUAUCAACAAAGUAUUAAAAACUCUUUAGCUUUGAUGUCUGAACUAUUGAACAAAUACUUUCCAAGAGAAUUAUGGGAAUUACGUAAAGAUGGCAUAAAACCAUCAUCUAUUUAUCAAUCAAAUCUUACAUUAAUUGAUUAUUAUUGGUCCGAAUGGCGAAACAUUGAAGAACAACCAGUAUUUUAUGAAAUCUUGAUAAGAAAUUUAUUUUUAUUCUCAUUUAUUUGGGGUAUUGGUGGUGGAUUAGCCGGUGAUCCAAGAUUAAAAUCACGAUUUGAAACAAUCAUGUUAAGAAUAUUAAAGGAUUUUAUUAGAUUACCUAAUUCAUUGAAUAUUCAUUCAACAGACAAUUCAUCAUUCACAUUAUCUAUUGAAUCCUAUUAUACAAAUCAAAUGAAUUAUUGUACAAGUAUGAAAUGGAAUAAUGAUAAUAAUCAUCAUGAAAAUGAAUAUGAAAAUAUCAAAGAAUUUCAAUAUAGUUUAUUUAAUUGUCUUAUUGAUUUAAGAACUGGUUAUUUAACACCAUUUUGGUAUACAGAUUAUUUACAAUUACAUUGGCCAGAAGAAUAUGAUAUCAUACAUCCAAUGGGAAAUAAUUAUCAUAGUAAACCAUUAUUACCAACAUUAUUUCAUCUUACAGUUCAUUUAUUUACUGGUUCAUUAUUCAUACAAUCUGGUCGACCAGUAAUAAUUUCCGGUCCAUUUGGUUCAGGUAAAUCACAACUUGCAAUUGCUAUAAGUCAAAAUUCAGAACGAUCUAAACAAUUAAUUAGUUCAUAUAAUAAUAAUAAUAAAACGGGGAAAAAGUGUACAAGUUCAUUUCGAAUUCAAUCAAAUGAUUUUCUACAUAGAAUCAUUUCUAAUUCACAAAAAACUAAUAAUCAAUAUCCAAAACAAAUAUUUGAUAAAAAAAUCAAUUUGAUGCAUAAUGUUAUCAUUUUAGAAGAUGUACAUUUGAUUUCCAAAACAGCGACAACACAAAGAAUAUGGAAUCAAGAAUUACGUAAUCAAUUAACUACUUGUAAUCUUAAUCAUAAUAAUUACUCUAAAGCAAAAUAUAAUUUUAUUCCAAUCUUAACAUCUUUGGAUCAUAAUCAUCAACUACACUUCUCAACAACACUAAAUAGUUUAACGUAUCAAUUUGCAUAUAUCAGUUUAACAGACCCUUGUUUAUUAUUUGUAAAAGAGAUGAAUAUCGAUGGAUUUCUCUAUGAACAAAAUAUUUAUGGUUUUAGUCCAAUAAGUUUACUUUGUCAAUCAAUGAUGUGUCAUGCAUUGUCAAGAAUAAGUGGAAUGUUAGUUGAGAGAUUCAGUUGGAUAAUAUGGUACAUGCAUUGUGCUUUAAUGAAAGAACGUUGUACUUAUAAUAAUACAAAAGUAGAUUGGUUAAUCAUGCAUAAGAUUUCGCAUUCUAUGGGAUACCAUUUAAAAAACUAUUAUCCAUGCAAAUCAACUGAUGAAAUCCCAUUGAAUAGUUCAAUUGUAUCAGAUAAUAUAAAUAGACAUAUUUAUUCAAGAUGGACACCUUUAUUGAUAAGUGAAUCGAUUCAUCUCAAUUCAAAAAAUCAAAUCAGUAACAUUUUGCAAUCAGUGUUGUUUUUAUGUCAAGAGAUCAAACGAUAUUUUAGUCCAUUAUUACCUAAAGAUUUAUGUUCAGAAUGGUUAUUUAAUAAUUUAUCGAAAUCCAUUGAUUAUUAUUUAAUGAAACCGUCUUCAUUAGGUCUUUUAGUUCCAAUUUCAUACCUUCUAUUUGGACCAGCUGGAAGUCUUUUCCUUGAUUCAAAAAUCACCAGACAGUCUAUUUUACAUUUAAACAAACAUUCUUUGAAAAAAAUGACAAAUACAUCCUCAUCUGUUGUGUCUCAACGUAUUUGUAAUGAAAGUGGAUUUUCAAUCAAUUCAACUUCUUCUCCUUCUGUAUCUUGUUCAACAUUAACAACAUCUUUCAGUUAUUCUUCAUGUUAUUCUAACUCGAUUACAUCUUCGUCUAUACCAACCACAUCUAUAACCAAUAAUUCUUUUUCGACACAAUCAUUCAACACUUUUUCAACAUCUACUCAAUAUAAUUCGAACAAUUAUACUUCAUCAAAUUAUUCCACUACUUCAGUAUUUACUUCUUUAUCUGAUUCGUUAGUAUAUGGAUCUUCUUUAACUUCUAUGCCUAUUCUAUCUUCUUCCGUACUCUCUUUACCGAACUCACGCAUUGAUACGGUCAUGGCUACUACUACUUCUACUAUGUCUAUAGUGAAUUCAUUUUCUACUCCACCCACCAUCUCAACAUCAACAUUUCCAACCACUUUAUUAACAAAUGAACUUUCCAGUAUGUCACUCCAGGAGGCUGAAAAAGGGAAAAAAGAAGAAGAGAAACAGAUUAUUUCAACUGAAUCAAUAUCUAUUAAUGAUAAUGAUAUAAAUUAUGAAUUUAGUACACAAAUCGAGCAGUUAUGUUCGAAGUUGAAUGAUGAAACAGAAACUAGUUUAUCAAAUUAUAAAAGACCGAUCUAUUCACCAUUCUAUGAAAAAUAUGAUGAAAAGUGUAAUAAAAGUCAUCGAAGUUGGGCAAAGUAUGGUUUAUUAAAUCCUCAUCUUAUACCAUGUAUCAGUUUGCCAGGAUGUUUGGAUCAGACCAAUGAUUUAGAAGCUAUAUUUGUUAAUUUAAAAAAUGACUUAUCUAUAUGUGAUAUAGAAAUCAACAGUUAUGAUUCAAUAUUACAAUAUAUGAUUAGAAAUGCAAUAGAUUUAAUUUACAGUUCAUUAACUCAUAAUCCUUGUUAUAUACUACUGAAUAACUCUACUAAUUGUAAAACAUAUGGAGUCAAUUUUCAUAUACAAAAACAAAUUAUCAAAUGUAUUAUGAAAUUAAAAAAUUAUCAUAAAAUUUAUUAUACAAAAUGUUUAAUAGAAUUUUUAAUAAAAUUGAAUCAAAAUUCUAAUGAAAAAUUUUGGGAUCAUUAUAAACAAUAUGAAAUGAUUAUUAUUGAUUUAUCAAAUCAAAAUGUGAACCAGACCUUCUAUGAUGAUGAUGAUGAUCAUUAUAGCAACAAUAUUGAUGAGAUUAAUGAUGGUGAUAAUGAUGAUGAUGUAAAUGUGUUACUUUUAUUGAUACAAAGAUUACAGGAACUACGUUUUGAUUUACCAUGGAAUGAAAUGAAUUAUGAUAAGCUGAAAGGAAUUUUUGUUAUUGCUUCAAAGGAUGAUAUAAUAUAUAAUCAACUCAUACAAUAUAUAUCAUGGGAUUGUGUUAUCAAUUUCAAUGAAAUAACAAAUGAUUUACAACAUAUGAAUAUACAAUUUAAAAGUAUUACUAAUCAUAUAGAUUUGGAUCCAAAAUCUAUAUUGAAAACUUUCUUGUACAAUUAUGAUUUCUUAUUAAAUAAUAAUAAUGAUAAGAAUCAUUACAUUUUAUAUGAAUUAUUCAUUGAAGCUUAUUUAUUAACUUAUCAUUAUUUAAAUGAAAAUAUCAAUGAUAUUCAUAGACAACAAACAUUAUUCAAUAAUCAAUAUUCAUUCAAUUACAUUAUACAAACAAUCAAUGUUUGGUAUUAUCUUCAAUAUGAUCGAAAUGAACAAUAUAAUAAUCAUCAAUUAUUAUUAUUAUAUAAUCAAUUCAAUGAUACUAAUUUACUUUAUAAUUCAAUGAAAAAUAAUUAUGAUUUAUUAAAGAAUCAAAUCAUUCAAGCUAAUUCUAUAUUAGAAUUAAUGAGAAAAGAUUUAUCUAAUUAUCAAGAGAUAUAUUUACCUGAAGCUAAAUUAAAUUAUACAAAUACAAAUGAACAUUUACAAUAUUUAAAAAAUGAAAUUUUACAUAAAGAAAAUGAAUUAAUGAAUAUGAAGAAACCAAUGGAUCAUGUGAAGAAAUUAGCUGAAAAUGAAUUUCAUAAAUUAGAGAAUGCUUAUCGUUUAGCUGUUCAAGGAUUACAUAAUUUAUCCAUUGAAGAUUUAGAUGAAAUACGAUCAUAUCGUGAACCACCAGAUGAUGUGAAAAACUGUGUCUAUUUAAUUUGUAUGCUUAUGGAUGAAGAGGAAAAUUGGGAAAAUGCAAAACAUAUGAUGGUUCCAGUCAAAUUUAUUAGUAAAAUCUUGAGACUUUCCAUUCAAUCAAUUAAUAAACAUAAACAUAAUGAAUUAAGAAAACGUUUAAAUAAUUCAAGCAUAUUAACAUUUGAAAAUUUAUUACAGGUAAGUGUUGCUGCUGCCCGAUUAUGUCAAUGGUUAAGAGCAUUAUGUGAUUGCUGUGAUGCUGGAGAACGUUUGCAGAAUCACAUUGAUGAUUAUUCUUCAAUUGAAGCACAAGUUAGACGAAAUGAAUCAGCAUUAGGCAAUUUACAUUUAUCAUUACAACUAACAAAAAUAAACAUAGAAAUGGCUAAUAAUCAUUUAGUCGGAUGUGAACAUCAAAUUAAACGUCUUUCAGAGAAUAUCGAUAUAUUAGAUUAUAAAAUUCAUGAAGCUAAAGCAUUAGCAUCAACUAUACAGAGUAAUUUAUCUGAAUUAUACAAUGAUACUAGUAAUCAUGAUGCAACUAAAAAUUUUCAUUUUGGUUCAAUAUACUCGGAGCAUUGGGGACAGUGUAUUGUCAAACAUUACCAAUUAAGCAUAGAUUUUCAUUGUGGAAUAAUUUCAAAACUCUUGUUUGGAAUAAAAUGA